CGCGGGAGCUAUAUAUUAGGGAGGACAGGCACCCCAUUGUUCAUUCCACUCAGAUUGUUGGAUCUCCGAACGCCACCGCUUCUCUCUUUCUUUCUCUCUUUCAUUAAUGGCGUUCAAAGAAACCCUAGUUAAGAGGGUCUUCAACAUAUCGAAAUCCUCAACUCAGGCCCUAAGAAAUUGCCGCAUUUCAUCGCCUUCAUCCUCAGUGCGGACCCUCAUCCCUCCCACCAAAGCUCCAAAUCCCGGUCAUGAUGGGAUUCUCCGGCGGCUUCUUCAGAGAAGGGCGAUAUUCCAGGCGGCGAUGAGGGCCCCGGAGGCCCUGUCUCUGCCGGUGGGUGAAAAGCUGAUAGAGAAGCUGCGAGGGAUGGACAUUGCCAGAGAAAGGCUCCGGCUGGAGGGGCUGCGCCCGCCGGAGAUGAAAUCGGAGGCGGUGGAGGGGUUAUCGGCGGAGGAUGCUCGGAAGUUGCUGAGGUUGGCGCAGUUGGAAAGGGUGAAAUCUAUGCUAAGAGAGGUGCGUAAAAGCUGGAUACCGUAUUCGGAGUAUGUUGAGAUCUGCGUGGAAGGCUGUUCGGAUCCAGGCCAGGGACCGAGGUUUGCAAAGAUGCUGGAUGAGUCUGGAACCGUUAUCGUCCUCGGAAACAUUGUCUUGCUCCGCCCUGAACAGGUAGCAAAAGCCAUUCAAGGCCUAAUUCCUAUGCCAGUGUCCUUUCAAAAUGAUGAGAGAAAGGAGGAGCUCGAAGGGAUGGAAAGACAGAAGGUGGUCAUCGACAAGGAGGCGGAGUCGUUGGUCCGUAGAGAACUCUGGUGUGGGCUGGGCUUCUUCAUGGUCCAAACACUGGGGUUCAUGAGACUCACUUUUUGGGAACUAUCUUGGGAUGUGAUGGAGCCCAUUUGCUUCUUUGUUACAUCCAUCUACUUCAUGGCCGGCUAUUCUUUCUUCCUCAAGACAUCCAAAGAGCCUUCUUUUGAAGGCUUCUUCCAGAGCCGUUUUCUGGCUAAGCAAAAGCGGCUUAUGAAGAGCAAAAACUUCGAUGUUGGCAGAUACAACGAGCUUCGGAAAGCUUGUCAGUCUUACUCUUCAUCCUCAGAGCAAGCUUCAUCAACUACAUCUUUGUUGUAUGAUUCUGAAAGGAUGCCGCUCGGUUCUCUGCAUCACUAAUUCAAGAGGAAAAUUUUGAAAAAAAUAAAAUUACAAUUUUGUUUCCGUUUCUUAACAUGUCUGUAGAUUUGCGGCAUCCUGUGUACUAUGAUGAGAGAGUUUCUAGCAUUCAUGAAUGAAUUACGAAAGUUUCUAGCAAA